AUGAUAGAUUUGGUGAAUGAAUCCGCUACGGCUCCUCCUAAAUCCGCCGUCCUCCACCACCACUCCCGCUCUCAUUCGGGUUCUCAUCUAUAUUUCCAUUUCAACUUUGACUCCGAAGACAAUGACGACCACAAUCACAUCCACGACGAUGAUGAUUCAGCUUCUAGCUCUUUCCACCGCCACGCUGGCUAUGAGCAAUUGACCACUGCUCUGACGGCGGUCUCUCUACCUCCUACCAUUCCACAUCUGCAUUCACCGUUUUUGGUUUCAGAAGUUGGUCGCCGCAGGUUUUCUGAGAAUAUGUCUUCCUCGUCAGUAGAAGAAAGCGAUUUAAGUGAAUCAGAUCUCGAAGAAUAUGGAAUGAAAUGCUACGAGAAACUAAAGAAUGAGCAAAGGGAGUUGAAAGUUUCAGAUGAAAAGUACAGAUGCCCGUUCUGCCCUGGCAAAAGCCAUCAACUAUAUCGCUUCAAAGAACUGCAACAGCAUGCUUCAGGAGUGGCAAAUGGCUCAAAGAAAAGAAGAGUCAAGGAACGAGGCAAACAUCUUGGGUUGACAAAGUACAUGAUGAAUGACCUAGGGAAAACUGAUCAGCACUCAAUGGGGUCGUGUAACAGUGGUGAUCCCCGGGAAGUUGGGCCUAAUUCAAGUGAAGAGUUUGUUUAUCCCUGGAUGGGAAUAAUUGCGAAUGUGCCUCGGGGAAGGCAAGAUGGAAAAUAUGUUGGACAAAGUGGUUCUAAGAUUAGAGAUGAUCUUACCAUCAACGGAUUUAACCCAGUGCGAGUAACAUCUUUGUGGAAUUAUGCGGGAUUCUCAGGUUAUGCCCUUGUUGAGUUCAACAAAGGCUGGCAUGGAUUCAGCAAUGCAAUGGCAUUUGAGAAGAUGUUUGAGGAGAAUCAUCACGGGAAGCAGAAUUACUACGAUGCAUUCGAAAAGGGAAAUGAGUUAUAUGGAUGGCUUGCUCGUGCUGAUGACUACAACUCAAGUAGAAUCUUUGGGGAACAUCUUCAAAAAAAGGGUGAUUUGAAGACUAUUGCUGGCAUAGAAGAAGGAGAAGAGAAGAAAUCGUCAAUGCUUGUUUCAAAUCUUACAGAUGAAAUUAAAAAGAAAAAGGAGUGCUUGAAGGAGUUCGAGAGUAAAUAUUAUGAGAGUUCAACUUACUUGAGUAAGUUGAUGCUUCAAAAGGAUGCAACGCUUAAGAAGCAUAAUGAAGAGUUGAGAAAGAUGCAGGAGAUAACUAGUACUCAGCUCAAAAAUAUUUUCUCGGAGCAUGAGAAAAUUUCAUCACAAUUAGAAUCACAGAGGAAGGAACUUAUUGAGCGCGAAGCCAGAUUGAAGGAACGCGAGGCCCUCAAUGAAAAUGAGAGAAAAAAACUUGAUCAGCAGAAAGAGAUGAAUGAAAGAGCCACCACGGAACAGAACAGGGCAAACGAAAAGGUUUUGAACUUGGCUGAGGAGCACAAGCGGAAAAAAGAGGAAUUGCACCGGAAAAUUAUUGAAAUGGAAAAGAAAAUUGAUGCAAAGCAAGCAUUGGAACUGGAGAUUGAACGCCUUAGAGGAGCUGUUGAAGUUAAGAGGCAUAUGGGGCUUGAUGUAGAUGAUCAGGAAGGUGGCAAAAUGCUAGUUGUCAUUCAAAGCGAGCUUAAAGAGAAAGAAGAGGAGUUGGAGUAUCUGGAUGCGGCAAACCAGACUCUCAUUGCCAAGGAGCGCAAAACCAAUGAUGAAUUGAUAGAAGCACGGAAAGAAAUGAUUCAAGGUUUGACAGGGAAGAACUCCAAGAUCAUUGGUGUGAAGAGAAUGGGUGAUCUUGAUAUUUCGCCAUUUCGAAAAGCAGUUAAAAUAACACUCCAGAAAGGGGAAUCAGCUGAAAUGAAAGCAGCGGAGCUGUGUUCAGAAUGGCAGGAACAACUCGGUGACCCCAGUUGGCACCCUUUCCAGAUGGUGAAAGUUGAGGGUAGUGAGGAUUACAAGAAAAUUGUUAACUCGGAUGACGAGAAGCUGAAAACGCUGAAAGAAGAACUUGGGAAUGAAGCAUAUGACGCAGUGGUGACUGCCUUGAAAGAGAUAGAUGAGUACAACCCCAGCGGAGCAUACAUAGUACCUGAGUUAUGGAACUUUAGACAAAACAGGAAAGCCACACUUAAGGAAGCUGAAACGCCUGAGAGGGAAAAAGCGAUAGAUGUUGUGGUGCCACAGCAUUGCAGAAUGGAGAAGCCGGGAACUCUCAAUCUUGGUGGGAAACGAACGGAUAGGUUUUGUUCGGGUAACUUUGAAAAUUUUGCACUGUUUUGUGAGGAAAAUGAGUUGGCUGAUGAUCCCACAUCCUCAAUCAGGAUGUAA